CUCACGUCUUGCUGAGCAUCGACCUACAGUCCGACAGGCGAGCUCAUCACUUAUCUUUGUUCUCGUCUUGGCCAUAUUUUUGUCUUUCUCAACGGCACGCUUCCGAAAUGAGAGGGGUUCUCUCAAAGCUCCCUCAAGAAUCACAUGGGCUCCAUGCACUGAUGUCACCGAGUAUGAGUGCGCAUUUCUCCAAGUGCCAAUGGAUUAUCUUAACCGCACUGAUAUGGAAACGGCAAUACUGGCUCUUCGGCGUUUAGCUGCUACAGUCCCUCGAGGCGAGCGCCUCGGAACGGUGUUUGUGAACCCAGGCGGGCCGGGCGGUUCAGGCACUGAAUAUAUCGUCGAGACUGGGAAGGAUAUCAGUCUGAUAUUAAGAGGACGAUACGAUAUCCUUUCCUGGGAUCCCAGAGGUGUGAAUAUGACGACGCCUCCAAUGAAUUGUUUCCCGUCGGAUUACGAUGAGCGCAUCCAGGAGUACAAGUUGCAUCAAAUUGGAUUGCCGUUUGAAAUGCGAGCCAUACAGGGAACGGAUAUUCCAUGGUUCCAGAAAACCCAUCACUACUACGAGGCAUUGGUUGGAUCAUGCGCUCGAAACGGCGAUCAGAGAAUACUCAGAAGUAUGAGCACUGCAUUCACGGCUCGUGACAUGUUGGAGAUCCUGAAAGCGCUAGGCGAGGAAGAGCACGGUCUGAAUUAUUGGGGUUUCAGCUACGGGACAAUACUCGGGGCAACAUUUGCUGCGAUGUUUCCUGGUAUGAUUCACCGAAUGGUCCUAGAUGGUGUAAGCCAUGCGCCUCAUUAUUACCAAGACCUCUUCGAAUGGGGUCGAAACGCAAUAGACCACUCGCAGAAGGUCUGGAAUGGCUUUGUCAAAACUUGCGCAGCCGCCGGACCGAUCAACUGUGCUCUUUCCAAAGAGGGCGCCACCAUGAAUGACGUCCAAAAUCGCAUCGAUGAACUCUUAGAGUCUCUAUUGAUCCAGCCACUGAGUAUUCCGUACUCCGGAGCCAUCGGAACAUCUGGCAUUAUUACUGCCAGCGACGUUCGUUUUCACAUCUUCUUGGCUCUGUAUAAACCAACGCGGUGGCAGCAACUGGCGCAAAAGAUGGUAGAUGCGGAGCGAGGCGAUGGUUCUGCAUUCAUUCUUCCUCCCCUCCUCACUGAUCGUCGUGACAUGCAAGACAAUAUUUUUCACCGGUACGCCGCAAGAGUGGGUGGUCCUUUGACUACUGUCGCUAUCCAAUGCGGAGAUACCGAUCUCUCUGUUCUCCACGCCAACAUGAGUGCCCAAGCAAUCAGUGAAUACAGUCGGGAACUUGCUAGUACAAGCAUCAUUGGAGAAAGCUGGCAGAUAUGGAUUGGGAGAUGCCGUGCAUGGAAUAUAACUGCCACGGAAACAUACAAAGGACCAUGGAGGGCGGAAGAUGGCUUGAAAAAGACCAAGUUCCCAAUUUUAUUCGUAGGAAAUACUGCGGAUCCUGUAACGCCACUUUCCGCAGCUGAAGACAUGGUGGAACGUUUCGGGAACGAAAGUGCCUCAUUGCUCAUUCAAGAUGGGUAUGGACAUUGUUCUCUGGCUCAUCCGUCUCUUUGCACCGCGCGCAGAAUUGCAGAUUACUUCAUCGACGGUGUUGUGCCGAAGCACAGGACAAUUUGCAAGUCAGAAGAUGGCUUCAUUUUCCCCCCGACCGGAGAAACAGCAGAAUACUUGAGCGAUCUGGGGGAAGACGACAAGCAUCUUCUGCUAGCCCUUAAAAGGUUGUCAGAGAGUACAGUUUGGUAAUGGUCGCAUAUCUGUAUCCAUAUUUCAGAUUAUUCACCCAAGCCCGCACGCGCCUUCUUUGGCGUUGUUGGAACUACUUGGCUUUCUAGUUUGUUCAUGCCGAUGCCUACUUCGUUCUUUGCAAUGUCCUCCGGCACGGCCCUCCAGGUCAGUAGCAUCGUGCAGGCGAUAGAAACUUGAAGAACAACCUCUGCAUAUAGUAGCUCCUUGCUUUCGUACGUAGAGACAUUAUAGUACAGUACGUAUUUUCAACGAAGAUCCC